AUGCUUUUCUUUGGCAGAUCAUUGCUCGGCGCUGGCUACGUCGUGCUCAAUGUUAUUCGAGUCAUGAACAUAAUAGCGUUUCUUUCAAUCAUUGCGGCGAGUUCGGUCAUGCUGGUCAAGACCUUCGUUGUCUCCAAAUUCUUCUUUUUCGAUGCAUGCGAGCAUGUCAUCAGAAUCAUCAUGGGUGGCUUCCUCAUCCUCACCGAGCUUCCCCUGUUCAAAACCUACUUCUCCCGAAAUUGGCCACUAUUUAGUCACCGAUCUGGGUUCGUCAUGCUCGGAUUUGUUAUGAUCUUCCUCGGUAUCAGUAUCCUCGGUAAUCUCAACAAGGAAGCUACCAGUCAAAAGAGCUUGGGUUUACCUUUCUGGCGUGUUGUGAUAGCCUCAGGUAUUGUCGUCCUGGUUCUGGGUCCUAUCAAUAUUCUGGCCAGCUAUGUAUUCAGAGACAAGCACAGCCAUCUCACGGCACGUCAAGUUCGGUCUCAUGGCGCUGUUGCGUCUCACAAGGCAGAUGUAGAGGCAUCAACUCCAAAGCCACCGAGCCGAAAAAGUCAUUAUCGAUCAUUCUUCCUGGGCAGCAAACGCGACUCACUCCCAUCAUAUUAUUCCCGCAAGAACGCUGAUCGUGGCGAAAUGGGCCAGACACCGAAGAUGCACAUGGCUAUUUCCAGUCCGUUCCCCCAAGAUGCGUCUCUAGUGAGAACAGCUCAAAGCCCCGGAGCGUCAAGCUCCAAGUAUAGCCAAAGCCCCAAAAGUGAGCGAUAUGCCAUGAGCCCCGAAUUGAACAGACCAAAUCUGGCACGUCAUCCGGCCAUGACACAAGGCCAUGCAAUCUGA